AUGCCGAAACGCGGGAUCAAGGAUGUUGAAAGCUAUGAGUCCGACGGAGGGUUUGUUGCAAACGACUCCGACGAAGCACCCAAGAGCAAGAAGACGAAGAAAGCAUCGUCAGAUGCGACCAAAGGCAAGAGCGGUGCCUCAGAUAGCAGCUUUUUCGAAUUGUCAUCUGGCCGAACACCGCGGAGAGUCGAAAUCACUGACUUUAAGGGCAUGAAGCUGGUGAACAUCCGGGAAUUUUACGAGAAGGAUGGCCAGUACUUGCCAGGCAAGAAGGGCAUCUCCUUAACCAUCGAACAAUACAAAGCGCUCCUUCAAGUGAUUCCGGAUAUCAACGCGAGUCUGAAAUCGAUGGGUGUGGAGGUCGAAGCAUCAACGGCAAUGGAGGAGGACCAUUCCGAGGUAGAAGCGUUGCCACGGACGAGAGUGAAGCCGAAGAAGGAGACGAAGUCAAAUAUUGACGCGACUAGCGACGAGGACGAUGAAUGA